GUAGAUUUGAUUGACUGGAAACAUGUCGGUGUGGUGGUGGGAGCGACCCGGGAUGCAGCUGCUGGCAAGGGAGACGGGGAGUACCUGUACCCAAUCCACACAGCAUCACCUUUAAAAUGAUUAUAUGACGAUGCUUUAAUUUAAUGGAUCCGUUUAUGUUAUUAUGAUGCGUUGGUUUUUUAUUUGAAAUGAAUAAACAACGCUCAAUGGAUUUAUUAGCUGAGGCUUGAUCGGUUGUGUUCUGAUUUUUGUUUCUGUUAUGGAGGUAGCCUACGCUAUCUGCAUAUUGUGUUUGAUGAUAUAGCUCUCAGCAUCAGUACCAGGUUCAAUCAGAAACACCUUGAUGAACAACCACCACCAGGAAAUACAAGGACUAUUGCAAUGGAGUCGCCUUUCACAUAGAUCACAUCUCAUCUGUAAACCAAUGUACAUAAUAGAAUAUACCACCACGUUUGCUGGCGUUUUAUUACAUGGAGUUUUUUCCACCUUUAUUUUCUGAGUAUAUUGUUUUUUGAAGUUACACAUAAAAAAACGACCACUGCUCGCAAGCAAUGGACGAGAAGAAUAUGACAAAAAGCGACGAGCAGCAUCUGAGUUUGCAAAAAGCCUUGCAGCAGUGCGAGUUGGUGCAAAAUAUGAUAGACAUAAGCAUUUCCAGCUUGGAGGGAUUGAGGACCAAAUGUGCCACAUCUAACGACUUGACACAGAAAGAAAUACGAACGCUGGAGGGAAAGCUGGUGAAGUACUUCAGUCGCCAGCUGUCCUGUAAGGUGAGAGUGGCCUUACAGGAGGACACCACUGAGCUACAGGACUUCCCCCGUCUGGGACACUGGUUCCGUAUAGUCAACCUGAGGAAGGAGGUCACUGAGGAGAUGGGUCCAGGCGAGGUGACUCUAGAGGGGCUGUUGGAGAUGAGUGAUGAGGAGGUGUGUGAGGCCAUGGAGAAGUUUGGAGCCAACGACGAGGAGUGUGCCCGGCUCAAUGCCUCUCUGACCUGCCUAAGGAGGGCCCACAAGUCAGAACAACUUGAGGAUGACACGUUGCCCAAUAACGGAGCAGGCAGCCAUGCCAAACAGGACUGGUCCAUCCAGUGGCCCACCUCCGAGUCCGGCAAGGAGAACUCUCCCUUCCCCUCUCCCGAACCCAGCCAGUGGGUCCGCUUCCAGCUCUCCCAAAGCCCGAAGGUCCAGGCCAAGUACAAGCAGCAGCACCACAGCCAAUAUCACAGCCCCCAGGCCUUGCUACCCUAUCCGUACGGCCCCUACGUCCAGCCAGACCGCCUCACCGUGGACAACCACCUGGGACUGGGGGCCUUCCCCCCCAUGGACAUGGGCCACCGCUCCCUGCCCCCCUCGCCCCGCCAGAGGCACUUUGCCCACACCCCUCCCCGGACUCCUCUGGUGGUCAACAGCAUGACCCCCCCGGGCACGCCCCCCAUGAGGCGCAGGAACAAGGUGAAGGCUCCCGGAACGCCACCACCCCCCAGCCGAAAGCUCAUCCACCUGCUGCCGGGCUUCACGGCGCUGCACCGAUCUAAGUCACACGAGUUCCAGCUGGGAAAUCGCAUAGGUCUGGAAGCAGCUGAAACACAGACACCCAAAGUGAAGCAGAAGAAGUCCAAGCCUCAGCACCUGAAGAUCAACAGUAGUAUGGGGAGCUGUGAGAACCUGCCUACCCAGCGUUCACCCCUACACUCCUCCGACCAUCGCUCCCUCCGUUCCUUUUUCUUCCCCACCUUCAUGCCCUCCACUCCCCCCGUCUACUCCGACGCAACCUCUUCUUACUUCAAAUACAAGCAGCAGUUCAUCUUCCCAGAUGUGGCCCUGGCCCCAGAGGCCCCCAGCAGGGCACCCCAGGUCAUCCUGCACCCUGUCCUGUCUGAGCCGGGAGUCGAGAUGAACCCUUUAAACCCUUUACUACAGAUUGAAGUGGAACCUACAUCAGACAACGAUGAGGUGGAGGAUUCGGAGGAUGAGUUUGAGGAGAUGAACCUGUCUCUGCUGUCGGCCCGUAACUUCCCCCGCAAGGCCAGCCAGACAUCCAUCUUCCUCCAGGAGUGGGACAUCCCCUUCAAACAGCUGGAGAUAGGAGAACUCAUCGGGAAAGGUCGCUUCGGGCUGGUGUUCCACGGGCGCUGGCAUGGUGAGGUGGCCAUCCGCCUCAUCGACAUCGAGCGGGAUAACGAGGACCAGCUGAAGGCCUUCAAGCGGGAGGUGAUGGCCUACCGUAACACCCGACAUGAGAACGUAGUCCUCUUCAUGGGUGUCUGCAUGAGCCCCCCACACCUGGCCAUCAUCACCAGCUUGUGUAAGGGAAGGACCCUGUAUUCGGUGGUGAGGGAUGCCAAAGUCAUCCUGGAUGUUAACAAGACCAGACAGAUCGCCCAGGAGAUGGUUAAGGGAAUGGGCUAUCUUCACGCCAAGGGGAUCCUACACAAGGACAUGAAGUCCAAGAAUGUUUUCUAUGACAACGGCAAAGUGGUCAUCACCGACUUCGGACUCUUCACCAUAUCUGGGGUUCUGCAAGCCGGCAGCCGUAGAGAGGACAAGCUGAGGAUCCCCAGUGGGUGGUUGUGUCACCUGGCCCCUGAAAUAGUCUCUCAGCUCUCCCCGGAAACAGAGGAGGACAAGCUGCCUUUCUCCAAACAGUCAGACGUCUUUGCUUUCGGCACUAUCUGGUACGAGUUGCAUGCACGUGAGUGGCCUUAUAAGAACCAGCCAGCAGAGGUUAUCAUCUGGCAGGUGGGCAGCGGAAUGAAACCCAAUCUCACACAGAUCGGUAUGGGCAAAGAGAUAUCGGACAUCCUGCUCUUCUGCUGGGCGUUCGAGCAAGAGGAGAGGCCCAGCUUCUCCAAGCUGGUGGAUCUGCUGGAAAAGUUGCCAAAAAGGAACCGCCGCCUUUCCCACCCAGGGCACUUCUGGAAGUCAGCUGAGUGCAGUUGACCGUGACCCUCUGAACCUAGACUUCUCAACAUCCUCUGAACUCAUAUUUUGGGUUUAUUGUUUAAUCACAUGGAAGAUGUGUUUUAUUUCAUUACUCAAAUGACCUGUUCAGUUUGUUGGUUGGUUUCUUUAUUCUGGAAUGUAUUUUUCUCAAUGUCACUUGUUUUAAUGAGAGUUUUUUUGUGUGUCAUGUCUCACUUCAUUGUGUACGGAAAAUGCAUCAGAAUGAACUAGUUUUUAGAAUGAAUGUAAUUAUGUAAUGAAUUGUGAAAUGUACAUUUUUAAGUAAUUGUCUUGCCAUUUCCUGUCUGUCAACUGUCUUUGUCAUUUGUCAGUGUACCUCAUGGUCCCUUGUGUUUGUGUUCUCUACAUGUUAGUCUCAAAGCUUUAUUUUAAAGUCAUUAUUCACUAUUGAAUGUGAAGACUCCACUCCUGUCACUUGUAGAGCUGGAUGAUACUUCAGUACAUUGGUAGGAAACUGUUCUGUGCUUUGAUUAUUGCCUGUGAACACUGUUGAGGAUGCGUAAAAAGAAAUGGCAUCCUAUUCCCUACACUGACCUGUCAAAAACGUCAAAGGUAGUGCACUAGAUGGGAAAUAGGGUGCGAGAUGUUUGAACAGCAGCCUUUUUUCUCAGCUCUGGGCCAUUCAGGAGAAGACCUAGACUGACUGACUAGAAAUCUCUCACGCUAAUGUCAAAACGCUGACACUUCAAAUGUAUCUCAUUACUUAGUAGAAAUGUGCUUCAACACCUUGGACAAAUGCUGUCACUGAGAAAUAGGUGUAGAGUGGUUACUUUGGUGUUUAAACGCAGAAAAGUAAAAAAAAAAAAAAGAAAAAAAAAAAAAGAGAUGUAUAGCCAGCUAGCUAAGGUCACUACCUACGUACGUUAAUGAUGACACAAUCGAUUCACUUCAGGAAUUUGUCAGCCCUAUAAUUGACAAAGCACUUUCUGAACAGACACCAUGACACAGUCUAGUAACACGACUCUGUCCAUGACCUGGCCUUUUCUAUCAUAUAUUUCACAGCGAUAUUUGAAAUCUAAGCAAGCUAGAGUGCAGUCAGAUUGUGAAAACCAGUGUCUAACUAAGAACUGUAAAGCUACUGCCAUGGGCUCUGUACAGCCAUGGCUUAGAUGCAGACAAUCCAAUCCUGUAUAAAGCCCUUUCUACAACACUAUAUUAUACAGUAAAAUAUGUUGGAAAUGCAUACAAACAAAUUGCUGCUGUUUUUUGGAGUACAUCUGUCUAUUUUGGAAUUACUGGAAUUCAGAUAUUGUACGUGGGUCAUUUAUAUUUGUACUGUUUACAACUUUUAAGUGCAUGAAAUGGACUACAAAGGAUCUAGUCUCACUAUUACGAUACAAAGUGGACUCUUUCAGCUCUACAUUAAGUAUAUGAUCACUGGGGUAUUUUCUGAUGGAACUGUUGUCAGCGUAGGAUCACCACACAGUACAGUUACAACAGUUAAUAAGACUAUACAGCCUGCUUUGUAAAAAAGAAAUGUUCAAAAGCGAUGUUUAAGAGAAUGAUUGUAAUAUUAUAUUUGCACAGUAUAAUCGUGAAGAGAAAUAACUAAUUGUGCUGGAUAAAAAAACAAAUCAACAGGAAAAACCAAUCAACAUUUAGUGGAAAGUAUACAGUGGCUUGCGAAAGUAUUCAC